AUGGUGAAAAAAGCCAAAGGCAAGGCUGCAGAGCCGCCGGCAGCGGCAGCACCAUCGUCAGGACCGACCAGUAAAAAUGGCGGCAAGCCCGGCAGCGGCGGCAGCAAGAAGGGCGCAAAGGGGGCGGCAGCAGUGGCUCAGGAAGAGCAGCUUCCACCGCCGGGGGACGCUCCCAAGCCGACAGUGAAGCAACGCAUCGGGGGGUCUUCGUGGACGGGCAAGCUCCCCGUGAACCUGAUGAGCGAGUACUGCCAGAAGCAACACUGGGACAGGCCCGAGUACGACACGCGCAAGACGGCCGACGGCUUCUCUGUAUGGGUGACUCUAAGUGCCCGCGACCCCAAGACGCAGCAGACGACGCGGCUGGAACCCUUCAAGAUCCCGGCGAGCCACAAGCACCUCAUCACGCGGGAGACGGCGCUCGAGGCCAAGCACGCAGCGGCAACAUACGCCCUGUUCCGGGUGUGCAGUAUGCAGAACAAGCAUACCGUCCUCCCUCCCGAUUACAAAUCCCUCUGGAAGGACUUCCAGGCCUUGAAGGCGCUAGACGUGAAGGAAGGGAAAGGGUGGAUGUACGAUGCCGAUCCGUUCAAGACGCUCAGGGAGCGCGAGGAGGCGAAAUCCGCGGCGGAUAAGAAGAGGAAGGAACUGGAGGCUGCCAGGGCCAAGGCCAAAGAGAUGCCUGGCGCUUCGGGAUUGGCCCUUCUCAACAGGGGUGGUGACGGUUCCGGGGCCAGUGGCUUCAACCCCAUGAAGGGGUGGUCCAACGCGCCCAAGGUGGAGAUGGGUCGUCAGACGAGAACCCAGCUCGAAACGCUGCUGAGGAGUGGCAUCUCGUGGAACCCGCACGGCGUGGACAUGACCCGGCAGCAGAAGGAUAGCGUCGUGUCGCAGCUCGCCAAGCUUGGGUUCCGCCAGAGCCACGUUGCCGAAGCGGUCGACUACUGCAAGGAUCGCGAGGAGACGCUUGAGUGGCUGCUCAUCCACGUGCCCGAGGACGACCUGCCACCCUGGGCCCUUCCAGAGAGCUACGCCGUCGGUGUGUCCAUUGGCGCUACCGAUUUGAAGAAGGAGGCUGUCAUCAAGAGGCUCACCCAGACGGGGUACUCGCUCGAGGUGUGCACGCGCGUGCUCAACGAGAGCGGGGGUGAUGAGGGACUGGCGGCAAAUUCCCUGCAGGGUCUGCUCAUGGCCAGCAGCUCCAAGGACGAAGAUGACCAGACGAAGACAGAUGAGGACGAUGACGACUUUCUGGAUAUGGGAUCUCCCGAGGAGCAGUGGCAGGAGGAGACGGCCAGCCUCGAAGCCAUGUAUGGCGACAACUUUGAGCGUGAAGGUGACAAGGUGAUACAGAUACGGCUGGAGGGCGUCAAGAACGCUGGCAAGGCCAACAUUGACGCCAGUCUGCGCGUGCGCAUGGCCCCGUCGUAUCCCAAGAACCUCAUCCUGUCCGUGGUGGCCAGCAUGCCCUCUUACAUCAAGCUCAGCGUCAUCCGGAAGGCCCUGGCCUACAUGCACGACGAGCUGCGAGAUGAGCCGACAAAGAUCUUCCUGGUUGUCGACUGGAUCCAGCAGAACAUCAACGAUAUCAUCGAGCACCCAGGCAAGCUGGUGGACAUCUCGUCCGUGUCGUCGGCAGCAUCCGAGGCCAAGCCGGCGGCGGCAGUGUCCCGCGCCAAACGGACGCUGGCGGCGCCCCGACCCAUCAAGUGGGUAGAGAACGAGCAGAGCAGAGAGCGAUGGAUGCAGAGGCAGCAGAGGCCAGACCAGAAGAAGAUGAUUACGCAGAGGUCGAGGCUUCCGGCGUGGGAGAUGCAGGACCAGAUUGUGCGGACCGUGGCCGGAAACAACGUCACCAUCAUCAGCGGAGAGACGGGAUCUGGGAAGUCGACUCAGUCGAUGCAGUUCCUCCUCGACGACCUGUACAACCGAGGCCUAGGCGACUGCGCCAACAUGAUUGUUACGCAGCCCCGACGUAUCUCGGCCCUGGGUCUGGCCGACCGGGUGGCGGACGAGCGCUGCUGCCGCGUAGGCGAGGAGGUCGGGUACACGAUCCGCGGUGAGUCGCGCAGGUCAAGGGACACGCGCAUCACAUUCGUCACGACAGGUGUGCUGCUGCGACGGCUGCAGACGUCCGGAGGUAAGGUUGAGGACGUGGUGACGGCGCUGUCCGACGUCAGCCACGUGGUCAUCGACGAGGUGCACGAGCGCAGCCUUGACACCGACUUCCUGCUCAACCUCAUCCGCGAGGUGAUGCGCACGCGGCCCAACAUGCUCAAGCUGGUGCUCAUGUCGGCAACGCUGGACGCGGCCACCUUCAGCAGCUACUUUACGUCCGAGGGCCUGAGCGUGGGCACCGUCGAGAUAUCGGGCCGCACGUUCCCGGUCGAUGACUACUACCUCGACGACGUGGUUCGGUUCACGGGCUUCACGCCGAUGGAUUCCCACGAGAAGUUCCUGGGCGAUGAAGGGAUAGGCAAGGUGAUUCAGAAGCUUGGCCACCGCAUCAACUACCCUCUCAUAGCGGACCUGGUUCAGGCGAUCGACGCGGAGCUCGGGUACGAGGAGAAGACGGGAGGUAUCCUGGUGUUCCUGCCGGGAGUGGGUGAGAUCAACCAGGCGUGCCGGGCGCUGCAGGGGUCCUCGUCGCUGCACGUCCUGCCGCUGCACGCUUCGCUGGAGACGCGCGAGCAGAAGAGGGUGUUUGCCAAGCCGCCGGCGGGCAAGCGCAAGGUUGUGGUGGCGACCAACGUAGCCGAGACGUCCAUCACCAUUGACGACAUCGUGGCGGUCAUCGACAGCGGCAAGGUGAAGGAGACGAGCUUCGACCCGCAGAACAACAUGCGCAAGCUCGAGGAGACGUGGGCGUCCAAGGCGGCGUGCAAGCAGAGGAGGGGCCGUGCAGGACGCGUGCAGGAGGGUCGGUGCUACAAGCUGUACACGCGGAAGCUGGAGGAUGAGCAGAUGCCGGAGCGCCCGGAGCCGGAGAUCCGGCGCGUGGCUCUGGAGCAGCUGUGCCUGUCGGUGCGGGCGAUGGGGAUGCGCGACGUGGCGCGGUUCCUGGGACGUUCCCCGACGCCGCCCGAGGCGCAGGCCAUCGAGGGGGCCAUGAGGCUCCUCCGGCGCAUGGGCGCGCUGGACGGCGACGAGCUGACGGCUAUGGGCCAGCAGCUGGCCAUGCUGCCGACGGACCUGCGGUGCGGCAAGCUGAUGGUGUUCGGGGCCAUCUUUGCGGGCUGCCUGGAUGACUGCGUCACCAUGGCGGCCAUCCUGAGCACGCGCAGCCCGUUCCUGUCGCCACAAGAGCGCAGGGAGGAGGCCAAGGAGGCCCGCAAGGCCUUCUACUCGGGCGAUGGCGACCUGGUAACGGACCUGACGGCCUUCAGGCACUGGGACGGCAUGAUGGCCGACCGCUCCACGCCGCAGAGGACAGUCCGCGCCUUCUGCGAGGACAACUUCCUCUCCUUCAACACCUUGUCCGACAUAUCCAGCACCAGGACGCAGUAUUACGCUGCUCUGGCCGAGAUUGGAAUCAUUUCCCCCUCUGAAGCCAAGGAGAAGAGCUCGUCCGGCAGUGGCUCCAACGGCGGCAACGAUGGCAACAAGGCCAACACCAUCAGCAAUCCCCAACUACUCCGUGCUCUCAUUGCGGCGGCAUUCACCCCGCAGGUCGCGCGGAUCCAGUAUCCGGAUAAGAAGUACAUCAACUCUGUCUCGGGAGCGGUGGAGCUAGAUCCGGAGGCUCGGUCGAUAAAGUACUUUGCUCAGGAUACCGGGAGGGUGUUUGUCCAUCCUUCCAGUACGCUGUUUGGCAGCCAGUCUUAUCCCGGGAAUGCGGCUUACAUGUCGUAUUUCACCAUGAUAUCUACCAGCAAGCUGGAUACCAUGGGACGAGGUCUGCUGGUAGACGGAUGGCUCCGGCUCAGAGGAUGGGCACGUAUCGGUGUCCUGGUGGCUAGGCUGAGGGGCAUGGUGGACGGUGUGAUUGCUGAAAAGGUCAAGAAUCCGGGUGUGCAGCUCGGUGGCAAUGAGGUUAUUCGGUUGGUGACAAAGUUGAUUCAGUUGGAUGGAUUGGAUGCGUAG